CGCAACCCCAAAUUCGAUCCCAGACAAAAUUCUUCAUCCCCACAAACCUCCGUCAACUGUGACUGGGUGGUCCACGCCAUGGUAAUUCGCCCGGCUUUCGUUUCCACGUGUGGAGCAGCGAUCCCGACGUGAAACUGUCCAAGGCCACAGAUUCGCCCAUACUUUUCACUGCCUAUUUACGUGAGGCUUCGUCUGCAGCUUAACCUGCCGAUCUCAACCAAGAUCUUCCAUCGAGACGGCCAAUCGACUGCAAGUAUGGCUCCUGCUGCUGCUCAUGCGGCCGAGGGCAUCAUAUCGCCCAUAGACGUGAAGUCCAUGCCACCGUUUUGGCGUCGGAAAAAUGGAAUAUUGCUAUACUUCCUCCUAACGUCAUCUCUUCUUGCCAGUGCUGCACUUGGUAUUGAUGGGUCCAUGACAAAUGGAAUGCAGGUCUUGAACUCAUGGCAAGACAGAUUUGGACACCCUGAAGGCGCAAAACUUGGAUUCUUCGGAGCUUCCAACGCCAUUGGUGGCGUUAUCCCAUUCAUUUUCUUAAGUUGGAUUGGUGACAAAUGGGGCCGCCGUCUUCCCACCGCGCUCGGCUCAGUUAUCAUAAUAGUUGGUGUUCUCAUUGAACUAUUUGCCACGUCUCUGAACAUGUACAUUGGCGGAAAGAUUAUCCUUGGGGUGGGAUCAUCAUUGAUUCAGAUGGGCGCUCCGGUCUUGGUCACUGAGCUAUCUCAUCCCAAAGAGCGUGUCCAAAUCACGACCUUUUACAACACGUCCAUCGUUCUUGGGUACGUUAUUGGUGCCUGGGCGACAUUUGGAUGUUACAGGAUCACCAGCCAGUGGUCGUGGAGGCUCCCGACUCUAAUUCAAGUCGUUCCAUCGGCUUACCAGUUCUGUCUCAUCUGGUUUUGUCCCGAGUCUCCACGCUGGUUGAUUGCAAAGGGCCGCAUCCAAGAAGCACGUGAAAUCUUGAUCAAAUAUCACGGCGAAUGCAAUCCGAACUCUGAGUUAGUGGAGGUUGAAUGCGCUGAGAUUCAACAGGCAAUUUCCAAGGAAGCAGAGGAGAACAUCAGUUGGGGGGCAUUCUUCUCUUCAAAAGCCAACUUGAAGCGCAUUUUCCUUUGCUUCUCUACUGCCGUGUUCAGUCAGAGCUCUGGUAACCUGUUGGUCUCAAACUAUCUUACGCAAAUUCUCAAAGAUACUGGCCUCAAGACCGAAUAUGAGAUUACACUUGUCAACGGAAUGGUCACUCUCUGGCAGUAUAUUGUUGCCAUCUUUGUUACUCUUAUCAUUGACCGAUUCCGCCGCCGCUUCUUCUUCCUCACUGGAUCGGGCGGUGUUCUGGUCACUUUUAUUGUCUGGACAAUCGCGGCUCAGCAGUAUCUCGAAAAAGGCUCGCUGGCUGCCGGAAGGCUAGUGAUCGCCUGCAUUUUCGUCUUCCAGGCUUUCUACACAUUUGCUUGGACAAACCUCAUUGUGACCUAUCCCUUAGAGGUAGUGACGACGCAAAUGCGUGCUAAGACAUGGGCCUUUGUUCUGCUGACGAUUCAGGUGGCCUCCAUCUUUGGGAGCUAUGUCAACCCCAUUGCAUUGAAGAACAUUGGGUGGAAGUUCUAUAUCUAUUACUGUGUAUGGGUUUUGAUCGUCUUCCUCGUUGUCUAUUUCUUCUUCGUGGAAACGGCAGGGCCGACGCUUGAGGAAUUGGCAUACCUGUUUGAAGAUGAGGAUAGCAAGAAGGAGAUGGUCCACAAGAUUCAGGAGAAUAAGGAGCAAUUCACGGAGCACGUGGAGGAGAAACUUGCUUGA